AUGACGACAGGCAACGGGCAGUGCGCGCAAACACUUGCAGUGAACGACAACGUGCGAUCAUCUGUACUAGUGUAUGUACACUGCCUCAAACUGGAAAUUAAGCAAGAGAGGUUGGAGGAUACUGCAGAAGCAGAAGCAGAAACAAAAGAAUCAGCAGAAGCAGAAAAAGCAGAAGCAAUAGAGCAGAAGCAGCAAAAGAAGGAGCAGCAGAAGAAGCAGCAGCAGCAGAAGCGGAAGCAGCAGAAGCUACAGAAGCAGGAGCUAUCUAAGCAGACGCAAGCGGCAGAAACAGAAACGCCAGAAGUAGAAGCGGCAGCAGCACAUGCGACAGAAGCGGCUGAAACUGAAGCAGCAGAAACAGAAGCAUCAGCAGAAGGAGCAAAAGAAACGGAAGCAGCAGAAACAGAAGCAGAAUCAGCAGGAGAAAAGGCAUCAGAAGCAAUUGAAACAGAAGCAGCAGAAGAAUAA